UCUCCGUUCAAAUUCCAGAGUCUUCCAUGAGGAAAUUCAGCAAUUCAGGGAGUUAUAUAUCGAUAAAACUGCCACCGCCACCACCACUGCCACCUAGGCCGAGGUUCUGGGAAGGUUCAACAGUCGCAGAACCUCUAGUAGUCAAAAAUUUUGAUCGAUCAGUGCCAGUUUUAAUGAAGAAAGAUAAUGGAAAUUCUGAAAGUUCAGAAGCUGUUGAAAGGAGUAAUGAAGAAAGUAUGAAGCCAAGGCUAAAACCUUUGCAUUGGGAUAAAGUGAGGGCCAGUUCAGAUAGAGCAAUGGUUUGGGAUCGACUGAAAUCUAGCACUUUCCAGUUAAAUGAGGAAAUGAUAGAAACAUUAUUCACUGUAGAUUAUUCAAAUUUGAAUUCAAAAGAUGUCGUAAGGCGCCCAAUGAUCCCUGUAAUGAAUCAAGAGAACCAGGUGCUUGAUUUAAACAAGUCUCGGAACAUUGCAAUUUUGUUGAGGGCACUUCAGAUCACUAGUGAUGAAGUUUGUGAAGCGCUUUUAGAAGGUAAUGCUGACACGCUGGGAGCAGAGCUACUGGAGAGUCUAACAAAGAUGGCUCCUACAAAAGAAGAAGAGCGGAAGCUGAAGGUUUUCAAAGAUGAAUCAUCAUUCAAACUAGGCCCUGCUGAGAAAUUUCUCAAGGGAGUUCUUGAUAUACCUUUUGCAUUCAAGAGGGUGGAUGCAAUGCUUUACAUAUCUUGUUUUGAUUCAGACGUUGAAUACCUUAGGACAUCAUUUCAGACGCUAGAGACUGCAUGUGAAGAACUAAGGAAUAGUAGAAUAUUCUUAAAGCUUCUAGAAGCUGUGCUCAGAACUGGUAACCGCAUGAACGUUGGAACCAACAGAGGAGAUGCUCGUGCCUUCAAGCUCGACACGCUUCUUAAGCUUGUAGAUAUUAAAGGUGCUGAUGGGAAGACAACCCUUUUGCAUUUUGUUCUUCAUGAAACUAUUGGAGCAGAAGGUUCUCAUCUUUCUGUUGUUGAUCCAACUCCAAAUGUUGAAAAGAAUCAGCAAUCUGUCGUUCGCGAUGAGGCUGAGUUUAAAAAAAUUAUCCUUGAGGUUUUUUCUGGCUUAAACCAUGAGCUUGCCAAUGUGAAGAAAGCAGCUGUUAUGGAUACCGAUAUUCUUAGCAAUGAAGUUGCAAAACUAGCAACUGGAGUUAGAAAAAUUACUGAUGUCCUAAAGCUAAACGAAGAGUUGGUUUUGAGUGAAAGUAGCAGAAAGUUUUUCGAGUCGAUGAAUGGAUUUUUAAAGAAGGUAGAGGAAGAAAUUAUCAAUAUACAAGCUCAAGAGGAUGUUGCUUUAUCCAUGGUAAAGGAGCUAACAGAAUAUUUCUAUGGUGACUCGGCCAAGGAAGAAGCUCGACCGAUUAGGAUAUUUAUGGUAGUUAAGGACUUCCUCUCUAUCCUUGAUCAAGUGUGCAAAGAUUAGCAAAUAACAGAGAGAACAUUGCUAGUGUAAGUUUACCAAGCUAGAUGGUUGAAGCAACUAUAUAUGUCUGUUUGAUGUCCCUAGUGGAUUUUCUUUUUCUCUUUUGUACUUUAUGUAUCAUAUGCAGGUAAAUCCUCACCCAUAUAUGUAUUUUUAUGUGUUAUACUGAGAAAGUGCAAGAAUAUCAUUGAUUAACA